GUAGGGCGCGUACGGACGUAGCGGCGCCGCACUGCCGCCCAACGGCGGGUAUUAUGCCGGCGCUCCGGGGUCGCUCGCCACGCGCCGCGCGCUCCACGUUUCGAUGCGAUAUUACGAUCGCGACAACUCCGUGCUCACUCACUAUCCCUUAACUUACACUUUAUACGACAUAAAGGAAUGUAAAUAUUUAUGGAUGUCAGUUUUCAGUUGUUUAGAUUGGCUGUAAAAUUUAAGGUGAGAAUGAAAUCAACACGGCGCGUUCGGGUACACGAAGAUGCUAUUCGACAUAGUGAGUGUAAACGCGGCGGCGCGGGCGACCGGCUGGCGACGCCGCGGAUGUCGCUACUCGGCAAACCCAUCAGCUACCGCGCCACGCGACGCGACGCGUGCUGCCGACGAUUUCAAUCUAAGUUUUACAAUUUCCUAGAACGGCCCAGGGGUUUUAAGGCCGUUUGUUAUCAUAUGAUUGUGUUCUUGAUGGUGUUCAUGUGUUUGUCACUGUCGGUUUUCUCCACUAUAGAAGAAUACGAAGCAAGAGCUGGCAUUGUACUUCUCUAUAUGGAGGCCGUAGUCGUCGUGUGGUUCGCUAUAGAAUUUUGUUUACGGUUGUGGUCGUCGGGAUGUCGCUCUCGGUAUCAAGGAUUAAUGGGCCGCCUAAAGUUUUUAAGGCGGCCUUUUUGCAUAAUCGAUUUUACAACGAUCAUAGCGUCUAUGGUAGUGUUGGGAAUGGGAUCCUCCGGUCAAGUGUUUGCGGCGUCAGCGUUGCGCGGUUUAAGAUUCUUCCAAAUCUUACGAAUGGUGCGAAUGGAUCGACGAGGGGGUACAUGGAAACUUUUAGGCUCAGUGGUUUACGCACACAGACAGGAACUGAUAACUACGUUAUAUAUAGGGUUUCUGGGACUGAUUUUCGCAUCGUUUUUAGUUUAUUUGGCCGAAAAGGAUGUUGCUGAUACCAAAUUUAAGAAUUUCGCGGAAGCUCUUUGGUGGGGUGUUAUCACGCUGUGCACCGUGGGGUAUGGCGACAUGGUACCGCAAACCUGGCAAGGAAAACUCAUUGCCUCAUUUUGUGCUCUUCUAGGAAUAUCAUUUUUUGCUCUUCCUGCUGGCAUACUAGGGUCGGGUUUUGCCCUUAAAGUACAGCAACAACAAAGGCAAAAGCACAUGAUAAGACGUCGGCAGCCCGCGGCUACGCUUAUACAAGCUCUAUGGCGCUGCUACGCCGCUGAUGAGCACUCUAUGAGUGUCGCUACAUGGAAGAUACAUCAGAUACCGCUACCAAGCCCUCAAAUUAGUCGGGUCAUGAGUGCAUCAUUCAAGAACAAUGCUUCCUUUGUGUCGCGUCUACCUACAAUUCGAAGACACAAAAGUACUUCCCUGCAUUCACCCGCACCCCAUUCGAAGCCUGCACAUCGGUACGACGUCAACGCAAGCGCAGAAAAUCUCGGGGCUACAAUUCACCACUCAGGGUGCACUCGAAAUAUCAACUCAGCCCAUAGCGUCGACUCGGUGGCCGAGACAGCGCUCUCCAACAAAAAUUCCAAUGACGAAGAGGACGAGCCCCGCUGUGUAACACUUACUCCGCGGCAUAAAGCAGCAAUUAGAUUUAUAAGAAAGCUCAAGUAUUUUGUCGCACGCAAGAGAUUUAGAGAAGCAUUGAAACCAUACGAUGUCAAAGACGUGAUUGAACAGUAUUCUUCAGGACACGCAGAUCUCCUUAACCGAACCAAGAACCUACAGUACAGGUUAGAUCAAAUUCUCGGCAAGCAAGGUUCAAAGGCAAAAGAUGUCUACGCGUCGAAAAUAAGCUUGGCUUCUAGAGUUGUUAAAAUUGAAAGACAAGUAGAUGAUAUAGAAAAUAAGUUAGACCAUUUACUAGAGAUGUAUGAAGAAGAUAGACGAGUAGCGAGAAGAAUAUGUAAUGAAGCGAACAGUAACGCCAAAGGAGGAGCUUCUGGCGACAGCCACACCCGACCAGCAAUUACGGAAAAACAAUACUCAGAACCAAAUUCACCCUUAUGCCGAACAUUUGAACAACCAGUACAUGCUUCUAUUCCUCCUAUUGCAUUUAAAAGACCAAUGAAUAGAGGAUACUCAGAUUUGGGCGCUAGGUUCAUGCGCAAGAAAGUUAUAGUAAAAACAUCAUCUAGUCGAAAUGGCGAGUCUCCGAGAGAUGACGAAGUAGUGAUUGUAGUACCAACCGAUAGGGAAGAUACUCCCCCGAGGCUCAUCACAGAUAGCUCUGAAGUAUGUGCGAGUUGUUCCGUAGAGGUUGAAACGGAAGCUGGCGGGACACGGUCUGAUAGUUCGGGUUCGCCUUCCUGGUGCGAGGGCGAAGGUCCGGAUGAGCGGGGCUACGGCUCUGGUGACUCACUCGCUGAGGAGACGGCCCUGCUCGCAGAUACAGUGCCUCCGCCUCAUCAGCCCCGUAUUUUGCGUCAACAAAGGAGGGACGUAGCAGUUGACUUACAUCUAUUGCGCCCCGAUGUAUGAGACAUGUUUAUCAAAGUGAUCAACACAAACAAUUUAUUUAAAUGAAAUACUAUCUUCGUUGGCUUAAAAACUUAUUACUUUCAUUUCUUAAUUAUUUAACAAGCAUUAAAGUGACGUGACCUACUUAGAUGAUUUGAUCGAUACUGAUAUUAUAUUGAAGCAAUCGCAAAUUUUUACAGUUUAUAUCUUGUAUCUAGCAUUAAAUUUUUAACCAACUAAGUAGCAAUGUAGUAAUUUUAUUAAAAUGUCAUCAUUGAGCUUUGACUAAAAUAUCAAAGACUAGUGGUUAGGUGAUACCUAAUUGUAAUAUUACUUAUGCAAACAUUAUUUCAUAUAAUGAUUUUUCCAAAAGACAAUUGCACCCAUUCUGUUUUACCACGGUGCCUAUACGUGACUGUUCAAAGUUCGUCUAUUACGACAACAUGCAACGACGAAGUAUUACAAUAAAAUAUUAAGUUAAUUAUGGUGUAAUAAACAAUAAAUAUAAGGUGUAACGUUACCUACUAUAGCACUGUACAGUGUACAUUGUUAAGUGCAUAUUAUUUAAAUCUUAUCAGCAGCUUACGUGAUAACUAUUAUAAAGUACUAUAUAUAGAUAUUUUAACAAGUGUUUAUUUUCCACGAGCACAUUUUUCUUACUUGCUGAGCAAUUGCAGAAACAUUUACCCUUAUUGUAUUAAUUGUUUGUGUUUAAAGAGUUUUCAUUUUGGAGUGUUUUUUAUAGAACAGGGGGAAAACGGGCGGAGGCUCACCUGAUGUUAAGUGAGCCAAUGGACACUCUCAAUGCCAGAAGGCUAGUGAUUUCGUUUCUGGCGUUUAAAGGUUUUGCUUUAAACGACAAACUCCAAUAAAAUACACAACACACCCCUUUACUAGCGGAAUAAGCGUUUUUUUACCACAUAUUUAAUAAGACUAUCAUUUUACGGUGGUACCGCUUAUUUGCUUUCAUUGUGUCCGGAUAGACAGAAAACCUACUCAUUGAUUGUGACUUUGUACGCACUUGUCACAUUUAAAGAUUGGGUUUUCGUAAAACCGUUAUUGUAUGUAUGUUUAGGCGUAGAAUGUCGCUGCGUUGAUAAAUUGGUCAGCAUAAUAUAAUAUAAAUAUAGAUAUAUAAACACGUUAUAACAACGAAAGUGAGUGUGAUUGUUGAAGUGACGAUCUAUACUCGAGGACGCAUGCCUAUGCACAAAUUCGUAGUAACUUAAUCAUUUAGAAAAAAAUAAAAUUUUCGUAAUGUUACUAAUUGUUUAAAGAUAAUUUAUGUAGUUAAUACUUGCAUAGUUUUCAAUGAGUAAACAAAAUAGCAGCUCUAUCCUAUAAUGAAACGGUAAUUUAAGCAUCUAAUAAUUUAUUGAGCUGUGAUAGUUAAUAAUAAUUUCAUUUGUAGAGCAUUAAUGCACAUAACAUACGUCCUUUUUCUUACAUUAUAAGAUAUUCUAUAAGAUCUGGUUACCUUAAAUAUAUAUUUAUAAGAGUAUAAAGAGGAAGAUUCAAAUGAAACUUUAUGUUCAAACUAGCUCCAGUAAAGUGAUAGAAUUUUGACGAAUAUAAAAAUUUUGUAUUAUUCUUCGAUAACACAAUUUCUCGCGUACCCAGUGAAUCUAGUCUAUGAAACUACCUUUUUUAUUUAUUUUUUUGUCACCUAUAUUCCUGUUAGUGGUUAAAUAUUUCUCUAAUUCUGAAAUCUCAUGUCUAGUCUGACGAAUAGUCGACUGCUGUAUCUUAGUGCUUUCAAACCAAUCAAAUAAACCGGCUUUAAACCAAGAGUACCUUAGUAAACAGUAGCACCACCUUGCGGGACCAAAAUUUCCUCUCGAAUAUAAUACACUUUCGAUUACGACCAUAUUUACACUUCUGUAACUAACCCUGUAGUUAUUAGCUUGAAGGUGCGAUGACCAUUUUCUGGGCGACAAUUAUCUGCAAUUCCGGUUUUUUUUAAGUCACCGUCGGUAUAGAUUGCCUCAAUUUUAUAUUUUGGAUUGUAAAAUGUGAGUUUGUUAUUUUUCUUUGCAAGCAACAUUUCCGAGCUACGUUUCUUCAUUAUGAAUU